UCAGUGUCCUGUGUUGGUAGCUGGUAGGUUGCUAGCUAACCUGCCGUGCCACUGCCUCUGAAGGCAGCCGAGCCAAGCCCUGAAUGAACCCCGAAUCUCAAUGUAUCUCCCGUGGCGGCAAUGGCAGCGACAGAAACGGUCAGAGUCUGAGACCUUAGCUAUGUAGCUAACUAGUUCAUACUAUCUGUAGUUAAUGUUAGUGGGAUUCGUGUCCUUAGCUAUUUCCACCAGUAGCUAGCUUUUUUCUUUCCGGGACACACGGCGGCAGCUAGCCCACUCUCUCGCCACUACAGGAGGAUGCUGAAGCUGUUCGGUGCACUGGUUAUCCUCGGACUGGUCCUGGCGUGCAUCACCUCCUGGGUGCUGGACAGCUAUGACACGGCUUGGCACCCGAAACGGAGCGUUCAGCACCCGACUGUCCGUGAUGGGGGGGAACCUAAGGGGAGUUCUCCACCAUUUCCCGGCGGCGAGUUGAACAAUAUAUUCUGGUUUAUACAGGUGUCCGACAUUCACAUUAGCCGAUUUCAUGACCCAAGACGUAUUCCAGAUUUCGAAAACUUCUGCACUGACACAAUUGAAGUGAUUAAGCCAGUUCUAGUGCUUGCAACAGGGGAUCUGACAGAUGCUAAAACAGAGAGUAAGGUGGGUUCCCUCCAGCAUGAGGUGGAGUGGCAGGCUUACCACAACAUCCUAAAGAGGUCACGUGUGAUGGAGCGCACUAGGUGGAUAGACAUCCGUGGAAAUCAUGGUGAUGAGGACCUGACUCCCAGCUUUGGUUUUGUGCAGUCCUUCGUCCUCCUCACAGACCACUACGUCCUGGCCCGAGUGGCCUUCAUUUUUAUCACGCUGCUGAAUGUCGGGGUGCUGCUGGUCUUCAGAUUCAUGCGUGUUCCAUCUGGAAGAGGACUGACCUUUCAAGCCUGUAUGUCCCUCCAUCUGGUCAGCACGAUGGACACCUUCUACUACUCUCUGCUACUGUUUAACCUGUGUACAGCCUUAGGCCCGUGGUUCAUAGGAGAACUGAUAGAUGGCCAUAGCGGUGCCUGCUUUGCCUUUGGGGUGUUUGUCGAUGGACACUUCCUGGAGGGCAGUCGCACUUAUGUUUUUGGAGUCGUUCAACUACUAUUCUUCAACAUGCCCUUCACCUGUUAUCUCUGCUGGUGCCUCCAUCACCGUUGUCGCGGCAACACCUUCCGAUCCCACUUCCUGGGGCCGGGGUGCCGCUGGCGGACUCUGGCAGUUCACCUCUUAAUGCUGCUGCUGCUCAUCUGGCAGGUUCACUCCUGCUACUUUUUCUUUGAGACCUAUGGCCUUGUGGCAUUUUUCCUGUCUCCAGUCCGCACAUGGGCGUUAGUGCUCAGUCUGCUAUUGGUCUACCGCGCCUGGACAGGCCCCGCCCCUCUUGUUCGCAACAACAGCAAGAGCAUCUCUCCCUCUUGACAGUAAUUGCACUGUGCCGCCACUAUUUCC